GUUUCUUACUACCCUUGACCCUUUUCCUUCGCUUGCCAGUCUGCUCCUCAGACGAGUGAAGGAAAUAAACAUCUCCCCCUCCUGGUUUCGCUAUGACGUCAUUGCGGGUCUCCCUCAAACAAAAUCAGCUGUAAGCUGUAAAAGGCAGAUGCCUGCUCCCGAUCCGCACCGCCGUGUCCCCAGGUUUUGUGCACGUCUCCGCUCCCUUUUGCCCUCCUCGCUUACCUCUCCGGCUCAGAGCCGUCAGCGCGCUUCUGAGGUGGCUUCCCGUCCGCGGAUCCGAGGUGCAGUAGCGAGAUCCUCUCCAUACGUGUGAAAACAGCAUGAAGGAUUAAAGAGGACUGAGGACUGCGUUAACCGCACGUGUGUCUCUUUGCGCUGAUCCCGUCCGAGAGGCGACAUGAAGCACCGGCGGCUGUGGAGCAUUCUGUGUUUGAUGACGGUCUGGUACCGGCUUGGGAUGUCAAGCAGAUACGGCUGCCUGUUCGAGAAGAGGCUGUGUUCCCGAGAGCAGCUUUGCUCAGAUGAUGGGCUCUUUGGGCAGUGCCAUGGCUCCUCACAGGAGCGGGUACAGUACCAGGUCUCUAUGUCUGUGCUUCAGAGACUGCAUGAGGUACUGAAGAUGCUGAUGAUGCAGGGCCUGUCCUGGAAGGAUGACAUCACCCAGUACGUCAUUGCGAAGGAGCUCAGACAUGUUCCCCAAGCUGGCCCUCGGGACACCCCUCUGUCACAACCCUCUCUUUCAUCAGAGAAGACCGCCUCCAAGCUGGCCCGUCCCAGCUCUGGGUCACAGGCACAGCAAUACAUGGAUUACAUGAUCCUGCCCGACCCACCCCAGGCCUCCCUCCAUCUGCAGAGCCAACUGCUGGACCCUUACACCUACCACCAGUAUGGAUACCAGGGGGAGGAAGAGAGAUCUCUCAACUCAUUGGAUGCAGCAGGGUACCCCCGCUCCUCCUCUCGAUCAGGGGGGAACAGGAACCAGCCCAGGGGUCGUGAUGAGCAGCUAUUGCAGGACGUCGUGUCCCUGUACCUCUCCCCUGCACAGCCACCCUCUCGCCACCGGGUGGCAGCAGGCGGCCCCAACUCCCACUUUUAUCAGGAACUGGAAUUCCCUUUGGACUAUACAGAGAACUACAUUUCCCAGGAGGAGGAGGUUGCCACUCAGCAGGAACAGAAGAAAGCCCCACAGAACUACAGCCCUCUGUCUGGGCUGGAUGAUGCAACUUGGCAGAGGUUUGCCGCGCUAUUGAAGCAGUACGGCCUAGAUGUAAAGGAGCUAAGCUCUCAGCAGCUGCAGAACCUGGCUGCUGCCCUGCAGCUGAUGGAGGCAGACACCACAGAGGCCCCAGAUCAGUAUCAAAGUGAUGGCAUCACGAUAAAGAUGGCAGCGCUAAUGGAAGGUGCGAUGAGGCACAGGGGUGAGAAAGCCCCCGCGCCUGCCCCCUCCCCUCAGUCAGCCGCGCGGCCCCCGCUGUCUCCUGAGCAACCCCCCGCUACGGGACCCCCUCAGGUUUUAACGGUCACUUUGGGGGGCGGUGCCACGGGGCAGGGGGCCUCCGUGCCGGCUGAGGGAGCGGAGCUCAGCGGGAAGACCUCGGCGGGCCCCUCCGGGGGUCCCAGAGUGGGAGGAGACGUGCAGAGUCCGGAGGGGUACGGCCUCAUCAUCACUAACCAGAGUGUGGCGGCUCCUGCCCUGGUGUUCCGAGUUCAGCAAAACCAGACUGCAGAGGAUGAGACUGAUAAAGCAGUGGCAGAAAAGACCUUCCCGCAGUCCGAGAUGAACCUGAACAUCCUGCAGACAGGCGUGGGACAGAGGAGCGAUGGGCAAGGGUCGCCCCAGGCAACGCGUGUGCGGGACAGCUCACGCCGGGUGUUCCUCACGCUUGUGGGCGUGGCCUGCGUGGGCGGGAUCCUGGUCACGGGGCUUACCAUCGUCUGCCUGCGGCACCACGCCCGUCUGCUGGCUGCUGGGAAACUGGGCCUGGGGCUGGAGGGGGGAGGCGACACGCACUAUGAGUACCGGGACCUGUGUCGGCAGCACAUGGCGUCCAAGUCGUCGUCGGGGCGUCAGGAGGGCGGGGGCAGGGGCGGCGGCGGGGGCACGGACACGUCCAGGGUGAGCAGCGUGUCGUCCCAGUUCAGCGACGGCCCGCAGCCCAGCCCCAGCUCACACAGCAGCACCCCCUCCUGGUGCGAGGAGCCGGCGCAGUCCAACAUGGACAUCUCCACCGGUCACAUGAUCCUGGCCUACAUGGAGGAUCACUUGAAGAACAAAGACCGCCUCGUGCGGGAGUGGGAGGCCCUGUGCUCCUAUCAGGCCGAGCCCAGCGCCACGUCCGCCGCCCAGAGCGAAGGCAACGUCAAGAAGAACCGCAACCCGGAGUUUGUGCCCUAUGACCAUUCGCGGGUGAAGCUGAGGCCAGAGAUUAACCCCUCCAGGGCUGACUACAUCAAUGCCAGCAUCAUAAUUGAGCAUGAUCCCCGAAUGCCUGCUUACAUUGCUACCCAGGGACCUCUGUCACACACAAUCGCUGACUUCUGGCAGAUGGUGUGGGAGAACGGCUGCACAGUGAUAGUCAUGAUGACGGCGCUGGUAGAGGACGGGCAGAAGCAGUGCGACCGCUACUGGCCUGAUGAGGGCUCCUCUCUUUACCACAUCUAUGAGGUGAACCUGGUCUCGGAGCACAUCUGGUGUAAUGACUUCCUGGUGCGCAGCUUCUACCUGAAGAACGUGCAGACGCAGGAGACCCGCACGCUCACGCAGUUCCACUUCCUGAGCUGGCCUGCCCAGGGCAUCCCCACAUCCACACGCCCCCUGCUGGACUUCCGCAGAAAGGUGAACAAGUGCUACAGAGGACGAUCCUGCCCGAUAAUCGUGCACUGCAGUGAUGGCACGGGCAGGACUGGGACCUACAUCCUGGUGGACAUGGUUCUCAAUCGCAUGGCUAAAGGAGUGAAGGAGAUCGACAUAGCCGCAACCCUGGAACACAUCCGGGACCAGAGACCAGGGAUGGUGCGCACCAAGGACCAGUUCGAGUUCGCCCUGACUGCCGUGGCAGAGGAGGUCAACGCCAUCCUGAAAGCCCUGCCCCAGUGAGACCUGCUACGAGCAUCCUUCCUUAUGCCCUUCCUCCUCCUUCUCCUCCUCAGACACACAUGCCCCCAUGGAGAAUUAUCUAAAAUCAGGAAUGCAUUUCCCAUCGCUAUCCACCCCCACAGAUUUGUAUUCAUAUUUGUAUUUGCUCUCCGCUUGGAAGACGUGUUCUGUCUGCUGGCGAUUGCUACGGUGAGGACGAAACCCAGUCCAUAUCUACUCCUGCUGUGAAGCUUGUCACAUUAACAGUUAAAUCAAGAGCUAAUUAAUGAAGAGCUCAGCCGGAAUCAAAAGCAGCAUAAUCGCUUUUGUUUUGUGGGGUUCUGGAACAGUGUGCCAUGAAUUCCGAUGGAACACGUUCACAUUGCAGCUGCAUGACAGAAACGUCACCAACAUUCUCACAAGCCAGGGGACCGAAUGAUUCCGUCCUAACCUCGAAUCGCCUCAAGAAGGAAAUUCACUACUUCGUUUGUGUAGUUGCGUAGACCCUGCCGCGUCCUCCCCCUUUUCUGAAGAGUUUCUUUCCCUAGAAUGCUCUAAUUACUGCUACUACUUUUCCCCCCUCCUUAAUUCCACGCUGGCACACUGCUUGGAAGAGUCUUUUUAAAGUCUUCAUGUCCUCAGACAGGUAUACUUGCCACAGAUGUGGCCCACAGCUUCCUGUACACUGUAAAGUGGACCACGCUGGAUGCACUUCAGGACAGGGCACGAGGUGCUAAUGCUAACCCUCUGUACGAUUAGAGAUUUUCUUAGCUGUGCUGCUGUAGCUCGUGACUCAUUCCUCCGUGCCAGGCGUUCUCUAUGUGUCCGUGUCAAUGUAAGUGUCGCCCCCUUCUGCCCGCCUGCUUUCAUUAGACAUUUUUUCAACGUAACAUUUUUGUCGUGAAUGUGCUCAGUAACGUUACACACACAUGCACAUUUUUACAAAGCACGAGAGAAGCUUCCAUUACGUGUACAGUGUGGGGUCUCUUCCCCGACCACUAGCCCUGACCUCCAGUUCAUUGACGGAAGGAGGGCCGUCCAGUGGCACACAAAACAGCCAUUCCAUACAGAAAGCCUCUCUUUUCAUAUCCCGGCUCCACUGUCAGAGUUACUGCUGUUACUGUAAAUUAUUAACCUGUAGUGCUGCUCGUAUUUCUGUUGCAAAGAGGUAGAAAGCAAACAACAAAAAGUAUAGCUAUGUAAACAAAAAAAAAAACACAGCUAUAAGGAAAAAAAAUAUAUUUAUUUUGUAACUUCAUGUGAUGAAUAAAGUUUGUGAAGUGGUGCAACUGCA